CUUGUCGAAUUGACUAAACCUUAUGUGUGGCUACUUAUUUCCCACUCUAAAGAUAACGUUUUUGUAAAACUGAGAGAUUUAAUAACCUUUGAAGAGAACUUUGGGGAUUAAAAAAAAGACUACCAAAGAACACCGUGAAGGAAGUGGGAGAUGAGAAGUUGGGGGAUAGCAUUCCUACUUGCUUUUGUGAUGAUUUGUGCUUAGUGAGUUAGUUAUAUGUGCAAGGAUCUUUUCAGCACUAACCAGUGGAAUCAUCCUUGUGACCAGCUCCCUAAAGCACUGCCUAUCCAUGAGCAAAGGUUGGGGAGGGGGAACAGAACUAUGCUGGAUCUAUGGCGUUUGCUAGGUUCUCCUUGGUAUUGGUUAUGAUACGUUGUGGGUACUGUGCAGAUAUGGUGCAUGAAGGAACAGGUUCAUUUAUCUGUUUGCAGAGCCCAAAGAAGACCAAAGGGGCCUUUGCCUAGUUACUGUUAUGGAGCAGACGUCAUCAACCGGCAGACCCGUGCAGAUCACUGUGACAGAUGGAUACGACUUGAAAGGUUUUAAGGGAGAUACUCCGGUUACCUUUAUUCGUGCAGAGUUCAAUCAAGUGGUUCUGGGAGACUCUGCAAAAAUCACUGUGUCUUCAGAAGGAACUGCAAAAUACAACUUCACUGUCAGUUUUGAGUUCAAUCCUGAAGGAGGAAUCGCUUUAGAUGACCUCGCCCACAAACCUGUGUUCUUAACUAUGACUGAAGUUUUACCAAAGGAAAAGAAACAGAAAGAUGAGAAGACCUUAGUUCUUGGUCAAGCUGUGGUGGAUCUUCUUCCUUUACUGGAAGGAGAGAGUUCAUUUCAAACGGUGGUCCCAUUGCACCCCGUGCCAGGCUCGCCCCUAGAAACUAUUCGACCAGGUGUUAAGCAAUGCAGCCUUGAAGUGAAAGUGUUUGUGUCAGAGCCAUUACUGACCUCCGCCCAGAUCUCAGGGGGCAAUCUACUAAAGGUCACUUUGGAGGCUGCUUACGCUGUGCCCGAGUCCUUCAUGCCAAUAGGACCCUUGCAGAACUACAUGGUUGGUCUGCAAGUUCCAUCAUUUGGAGAGAAAGAUUAUCCCAUAUUAUUCAAGAAUGGAACUCUGAAGGUUGGAGGGGAAAGAGAACCUGUUCCCCGGCCCAAAAAAUGGCCUAUUGCCAACAUUCUGGCACCAGGAGCUAAUAACAUUCCUGAUGCAUACAUCGUUGGUGGUCCCUAUGAGGAAGAAGAAGGAGAACUUAACCACCCUGAGGACAGAGAAUUUAGGACCCAAGCAGAGUGCAUAAAGAAAAGGAUUACUUGGGACCUGGAAAGUCGCUGCUACCUUGAUCCUUCUGCAGUGGUCAGUUUUCAGAAGCGAAUUGUUGAUUGCCGACUUUGGCCCGUAGAGAUCACAAGAGUUCCUCUGACUGCUGCACCCAAAGGGAAAGUUGGCAAAUUAGAUAAGACUGAGGAUGAAAGUCAACUUUCAUUUCAUGGUGUGGCUUAUGUUAAUAUGGUACCAUUGCUGUAUCCAGGUGUGAAGAGGAUUCGGGGAGCUUUUCAUGUUUACCCUUAUCUAGACAGUAUAGUCUAUGAAAAGACCAAAUGUUUAUUCAGCUUGUUCCGAGAUACUGGUCAUCAUUUGAUCCAGAAUAAUAAAGUAGGAGGAAUUAUUUCUCCACAGUCCAAACCAGUUAUUGCUAAGAACCUGAAAGAAGAUAAAACAAUCAAAGAAAAAGAUAUGGUAGGAAGGGCUAGGACUGGGGACCAAACACUUAGUAUAAAAUCUCAGAGCUCAGAUACUCCUUUGGAAGCUGAACCUUCUCCAUACCACAAUCCAGAAGGACAGCAAUAUUUAGAAGCAGGCACGUACCUUGUGUUGGAAAUUCAGCUGGACAAAGCCUUGGUUCCAAAGCGAAUGCCGGAGGAGCUAGCCAGAAGGGUCAAGGAAAUGAUUCCUCCAAGGCCUCCUCUUACCCGUCGUACAGGAGGAGCUCAGAAGGCGGUGAGUGACUAUCACAUGCAGAUCAAAAACAUUUCAAGAGCCAUUCUGGAUGAAUACCACAGGAUGUAUAGCCAAGAGGUGACCAAACUGGGGAAGGAAAUGGAUAAUGAAACCCUGGAGGAGCAGAAGUGCCAGCUCAACUAUGAACUUAAUUGCUCUGGAAAAUACUUUGCUUUCAAAGAACAACUCAAGCAUGCUGUGGUAAAGAUUGUGAGAGAGAAGUACUUGAAGACAACGUCAUUUGAAAGCCAGGAGGAGCUGCAGACGUUUAUCAGCGAGCUGUAUGUGUUCUUGGUGGAUCAGAUGCAUGUGGCCCUAAACCAGGUCAUGCCAGAUGAUAUCCAAGGUGCUGUUUCAACCAUUUAUACAAGCAGUGAACAGCUCCGACUGUUUGCAUUUGAAGCGGAAGUCAACGAGAAUUUUGAAAUGGCAGCAGGAUAUUAUGAAGAGAGGUUGGUCCGUGAGCCCCAGAACUUGGAGCACUGGUUGGACUAUGGUGCCUUCUGCCUCCUAACUGAGGACAACAUCAAAGCACAGGAGUGUUUUCGGAAAGCCCUCUCCCUGAACCAGAAUCAUAUCCGCAGCUUGCUGCUCUGUGGUGUCCUGGCUGUCCUGAUGGAGAACUAUGAGCAGGCAGAAAUUUUCUUUGAGGAUGCCACUUGCUUGGAACCAACCAACGUUGUGGCCUGGACUUUACUUGGUUUGUACUAUGAAAUUCAAAACAAUGAUAUUCGAAUGGAAAUGGCAUUUCAUGAAGCCUUCAAACAGCUUCAGACUCGAAUAACGAAGCAGAAAAGCACUGGUACUCUAGAGUACCUUGAAGAAGGCAGGAAGAUGGAAUCCAGUUUAGACCCUUUGGGAAUGACUAAUGGUUCUUCUGCGAUAGCAAUCAAGGUGGAACCCCCAGCAGCACCUGGAGCAGAAGGUACACUAUCGAUUCUAGGUGAAUUUCUCGAAGAAUCCUCGAGACUGCAGUCUGACUCACAGGAACAAUCUCCGGAUCCAAAUUCUAGCCGAAAACUGUCCAACGUAUUUGUCAAGGAGAUAUCAGUAAAGAAAGAAACAUCAAAAUGUCAAGCUUCAUCAGCUGUUCUGAAUCCCGGCCCCUAUUAUGGUGUUUCCCAAACUCCUACCACCAUCUUCAUGGAGACCAUACGCUUCUUGAUGAAGGUCAAUGCUGUGCAGUAUGUGCACAGAGUGCUUGCACAUGAGCUGUUAUGCCCUCAAGGAGGCCCCAGCUGUGAGUAUUACUUGGUGCUGGCCCAAACAUACCUUCUCAAGAAGGACUUUGCCAAGGCAGAGGAAUGCCUUCAACAAGCAGCCCAGAUGGACUACCUGAACCCUAACGUCUGGGGCGUGAAGGGCCAUCUCUAUUUUCUGAGUGGAAAUCAUGCUGAGGCCAAAGCAUGCUAUGAGAGAACCAUUAGUUUUGUAGUGGAUGCUUCUGAGAUGCACUUCAUCUUCCUGCGACUGGGCCUUAUCUAUCUGGAAGAAAAAGAGUACGAAAAGGCAAAGAGAACCUACCUGCAAGCUUGUAAGAGAUCACCUUCAUGUCUUACCUGGUUAGGACUGGGAAUCUCCUGCUAUCGGCUGGAAGAGCUCACAGAGGCUGAAGAUGCUCUCUCUGAAGCCAAUGCAUUGAACAACUACAAUGCUGAAGUAUGGGCAUAUCUGGCUCUGGUCAGCCUGAAAGCUGGACGGCAACUGGAAGCUGAGCAGGCCUACAAGUACACUAUGAAGUUGAAAUUGAAAAAUGAGGCUCUGCUUGCAGAGAUCCACAUGGUACAGGAGACGGUUGGUUUUGGAAAUCCAUCUUUCUGA